UGAAAAGUCAAAGUAAUGUGACCAGAGGGCUGUCGGCAAGACUCUGUCUAACAGACGGCCAGGUCAGCACGAAAACCACGUGUCUUACAGAUUAGAAACUAGCAGUCGCUGUCUCGCCUGGCUGUUGCUGUAUGAUUGAUUUAAUGCUGAAUGAAUGCUCACUCUUGCUCGUGCUCAACAAUGCAGGCUGUGAUGCAGAGACCUGACACGAAAUCGCACUGAUGUGUCUGAUGUAAAUAAUUGGAGACAUCGUUUAACUACAGAGGAUUCAGAGCAGAAUAUUUCAACCUUAACGUUUCUGUUGGAUGCAAUGUCAUAUUUGAACCCACGGGGGAGAGAGCUCGAGCGUUUUGAUGGACUUUCGCUCAUUUACUGGACACUGAUGGGUCCUUAUGGAGUAGAUCGAGCAGUGCAUUCUAUAGAAUUUACAGAUUGUGAGAAUGGAUUAGGUAUCAAAGUGAUUGGAGGUGUGAAAGAACUAACAGGAGAAGAAUUUGGAGUUUAUGUGAAAAGGAUUUUACCUGGUGGCCUUGCUUCCAACGAUGGAAAUCUGCAGCCUGGUGACCAAAUCUUAGAAGUAAACGGUGAAAGCUUGAUUGGCGUCACAAGUGAGAGAGCGGUAGAUAUUCUCAGAGCAGCUUCUUCAACCAAUCACAUGCGCCUUCUGAUAACCAGAGAUGAGGAAGCCAGGCGGGAAUUUUCUGAGCUUCUUGAAAAAUACGGAUCAACCGGCAGCACAGGAUCUACAAGGAAUUCUCCGAUUCAACACACAGGCAGAUACUUGGACAGCACAUCAUCAGGGUCCUCGUCCAGAUCACAGAGUCCGCUAUUGCUCAGUCCCGCUGGCUCUCACAGUAAUUAUAACAGUACGGGACCCCUGCUACGAACCCUAAGUCAUCCAGGUGAAGGGGUGAUUCAGCUCAUAUCAGUUGCUCGCACCUGCAGUCUUGGUAUGACUAUCGGUGGUGGUUCUAACAGGCCCGACGGCCCUGCGGUCUUCAUUCAAGAAGUGCUGUCUGGAGGAGAUUGCCAUCGGGAUGGACGGCUCAGACCUGGAGAUCAGCUUAUCGCCAUCAACAAGGAGUCAUUGAUAGGCGUCACAUAUGAAGAGGCGAAGAGUCUCCUCAAUAAAGUCAAAUUUAGUCAGGAACAAGUGGUGGAUAUUGCCUUCAUUCCAGGAAAAGGAACAUUCUCCACCACCGUAUCCUUACAUAACGGAGUUCAGAGGAGUGUUGGGAACGGAUACAACUCCAGCCGGUUAAAGGUUCACGUCCCAUCUCCUGAGAUGCAACGAGAGGAAACGGCUCAAGUGCUUUCAUCCUCUCCAGAUAUCUGCUCUCCAGACAUACAUGUUUCAGCGUCCACUGCAGUGAGACCAACCACUGUUUCCAAACCCAAGAUCUCUCUGGAUCCCCACAUACGGCUUAAAUCAGAGAAAGUUGAUCUGGCUCUGUCUUAUCUGGGUCUAGAUGUUACUGAAGAGAAGGGGCGGGAGUUGAGAGAGAGUUUGACUACAGACCCUCAGGGGACAGUCUCAUAUGGAGACUUUGUGGAAGCCACCCGCAAUGUUUACCAAGAGAAGCUGGAGGAGGCGGGACUAGGACAAGGACCCUUUAUGUUCUCCUAUCAAGAAGCAGCUAGUUUGAUGGACACUUCUGCCUUUCACUCCCCAACCUAUGAGUCCGAGUGCAGCUACAGCAGUGAAGAGCUGGAGGAGUUUCAGACUGAAGUCAAACAACUUCAAAUGCAAAUGAAGCAGCUCAAGGUGUUAUUAAAAGACACAGAAGACAGUAAGAAGACUUUGGAGGAGGAACUGCAGAAGACGGCUGAGAAGGCCACUGCCACGGUAGAGGAGAACAAGUCUUUGAAGAGUAAGCUGCAGGUAGCCGAGGCCGUUCAGAGACAGACUAACAGUGCUGAACAGGACUACGAGGAAGUCAUUCAGCUCCUGGAAGCUGAAAUCAAAGAUCUUAAGAACCAGUUGGCCGGAAAGAAACAAAGGAGUCUGGGCGCUACCAAAGAGGAUGUAAUGGAUCUGAACAGGAGGCUUGCCAUCAUUGACAGCCAACUGAGAAAAUCUGAACUGACCAGGAAACACCUGGAGAUAUCCAACAAGAAGCUCCUUGGGUUUGCCCAGAAUGUCCACAAAGUUCUCACCAACAGCAACUUGUUCGGGAUAGAAAAUGGGAGCACAAGAGCAUCCCUGGCAAAUGACACCCCAGACACGCCCUCCCCCAUCCCUGACCCCGCCUGCCAGCUCGCAGCAAAGGCCAAAGAGCUUGUGGAUGGUGUCUGCUCACUUUGCACUGAGGAUCACACAUCACCGCAGUAUUCAGAGGAAAGCGGCAUGAACUCCGGAGAGGACUGUGAUUCAGAUGUCAUUCAUUGGCCGCAGGCUCCUCCCCUCCUCUGAGCUCCUGCAGUAGUGUGACCGUAGAGGAUUUUGGAAUAAACAAAGACUUCAACAAAAAGAACAUCAAGGCCGAACCGAACCAAAACUGGAGAAUAAAAGACUGAUGUUUUCUUGUGUUUUUUAUGCGUUUACUGUUCAUUUCAAAUGAUAGCAGAGAACUGAGAAGACUACUGGUCAAGGCAUCUGUUCAUGUACAGUACAUAUUUAACCUGUUGCAUUAUUUAAUGUCAUAAUGGGAAGCCAAAAGACGAUCAGUUUAAACAAAUGACAACAUAAACAGAGGUGACUUAGGUUUAAGUCAUCACAUUGUGCCAUGUGCAACAUUUAACUUAACUUGUUUAGUAAGUUUAGUAUAUUUAACAAGAGAAAUAAAAAUCAAGUCUUGAUUCAAGUACAUUUCCCUAUUAAGUGAAUAUAAUGUAAACACGUGGCUGUAAAGCUCUUUAUUAGAGCUAUGUGUAAAAUACACUACAUGUUUUACAUUUAAGUUUGAAAUGAUGCUUAUUUGUAUCUGUUCUGCUAAGAAGUGCUAUGAUGCGUUAAAGAUUUUAUAUUUUGAGUCCAAAUCUUUUAUUAUUCAGAAACACAUAGACAUGCUCGCAUAUAUGUGCGCAGUUGCUGUUGUAAACCUUGUAAAUACUGCAGCCAAACCCUUCGACGUCUCUUUACAUCUUCACUAAUGAUGUCAUUUUUGUCACAUUUGCAGUGCAGUUUAGUCUGAUGUCAUUCAUUUUGUUAGCUUGUUUUCAGGGGAGAUCCUUCAUAGUUUGAUUCUGCUAUUGGCUCUGGCAUCUGUGACUGUACCGAUUGUUCUUGAAGGAUUUCGGUUGUCAUGCCACCAUAAAGCAGUGGAGGUCAUAUUGCUAUGCUUCACCCCUGAAUGCAUCUAUUCAUCUAAACAAUGAAGAGAGUUCAGAUUACCAUCCUCAUAACCAUGCUGUAUUUGAAUGUUUUUGUCUUGGAAUAUCUGCAGUCACAUAUUUCAACGUGUAAUAAAGUGGUAUUACUCAUUUCCUGAUGAUUUAGGUGGAACUUCAAGUUAACAUUAACCGGUUUGAUUUGUAAAUACAUGCUCAGAAAGUGCUGAUAUAGUAAUGUGAUUGAACUAGAAUGCAUCAUGUGUGUGGCCUAAAUAUCUUUCUUUUAUGGUUUUUAUUAAAGUCAUAAAAAAUG